AAAGUCUACGUGGGGAAGAAAGGUUGGUCUGGCUGUGUUUGAACACCUUUCCAACUAACAGCACCCAUGUCCAAUCCAGCCUCGCUGUGUCCCUGGUCGAACCAGUCUCCCUCCUCCCCUGGGAGCCAAAUGAACGCGCUGAGCGGCAUCCGGGGCGUAUAAAUGGUGCGGACCUAAGGCGGUAAUGCUGCGCCGGGUUCGGCAGUCUCUCCGUCAGGUGCUGUUACUGAUGGCUCGGAGACCAGACCUUCUCUGCGGGGCGAUCGUUCUCAGCGCCCUGCUCAUUCUGGCGGUUAAGUUCACCUGCAGCCGUGCUAAGGAUGUGGUGGCUGCAGCUCGGCCGCCUGUCCGCUUCUUCUCUGCCGAGGCCCCGGUAGUGGACCUCUACUUGGGUCAGCUAGACCAGGUGGAACGCCUUCGGAGCAUGGCUGAGGUGUCUCUUAUUUUCUUUUACGCUCCUUGGUGUGCCCACUCCAUGGCUGCCCGGCAGGAAGUGCAGCAGGUUGCUAAGAAACUGGCCAAACAGGUGCAGUUUGUGGCUGUUAACUGCUGGUGGAGUCAGGGGAGAUGCAGGAGGCAGAACCGUUUCUAUCACUACCCCAUCAUCCAUCUGUUUUAUAGAAGGUUUGGACCAAUAGAGUACAGAGGUCCCUUUGUGGCUCCGUAUAUUGAAAGCUUUACUCUCAGAGUGAUCACACCACUAACUUACCUCCCAACCAGAGCACACCUGGAAGACUUCCUGUCCUACCAUGAGCCUGGUGUUGUGGGAUUCUUCCAGUUUAACUCCUCUCCACAGCCGCCUGGGUAUAUCACCUAUCUGUCCUCUGCCCUGCAGGCUCUAAGAAGAGAUUUCCAUGGCAUUGUGAGGUUUGGAGUUGUGACGAGCAAAAACGUAGCAGAGACCAUCUCAGUUGGAGAGGAUGAAACGGUCUACCUGCACAGAAAGUUUAACUCCUCUUUGACUUUUCCAAGAAAUAAGCGAAACUUCACAUCAGAUGCUAUCUGCAGUUGGGUGUUUGAACACUACCAGACGGCCCUUCGGUGGCUGCAUCCGCCAGGAACCAAGUCCCGCAUGCUGGAAGAGGAGUUGAUGAAAGGCCCCGCGCUGCUUCUGUUCAUGCCACACAACCCUCUGCAGUCUGAGCCAAGUGCUGUACUACAGCAGUUUGCAGACAUCGCAGUGCGUUAUCAUUCCUGCGACCGCUCCAGCUCAGAUGACCACUUCCCCUCUUUAACCUCACUGUGCUGCCAGUCCGUCCUCCUCCCAGAGUCCAGGACUAAUAUUUGUGAGGUUUGCCUCAGACUGUCCGGGCCGAGCCUCCCCAACCUCUCAACGCUCUGCUCAUUUCCUUCAGUUUCACAAGGAAACACAUAUGGGAAUCAUAUUAGACACUGCUGCCUUCACCAGCUACCUUCUCCCAUUUCCAUAAAAACUUCAGAGGGCUGUAGUUACUUUGUGAACAGCUACAGUCCCUUUACCCAGUUCAGUGCCUGCUGUAAAACAGUAGAACCUCAGCUUAAUGAAUCUAAAGCCAAAGAGGAGCUUACCUCUCCUCCUGCUCCCUCCAUCGCUCCAUCCCUCGCUCCCCAGCUGGAGGACGACGGCAUCACAGGGCUUCAAUGUCGAACUAACAGGACUCUCAGGUUUUAUGUGCUGGAUGUUGGUCUCAGCUGGCCUCUGGCAGCGAGGCUUGGAGCUUCCAGCUACAGCAACUCGUCUCAACACAAAGAGGCAUCCACCGAAGGCGGCAGGAACUGUGAUGGGUCGUUUGUAGCAAUCGUGAACCUGAAGGAUGAGGUUCAUUACGUCCUACAACGCAGCCCAGCAGCUACAUUGACAGAGUCUUUGGAGGCGUUCAUCAGGAACUUCAGCUCGCCCCACAGCCAUCUGCAGAGAUAUUUGGUUGGAGACGUGGACAGGAAGAAAGGUGGAGAUCAUGCUGGGCAUUUGGAAAAGGAGAAGAAAUCUAAGAACCUCCUUAUCACAGAGUUGACCACUUCCUCUUUCAUGUCAUCAGUAAUGGACCAGGAAAAGGAUGUGCUGCUGUUCUACUACACUCAGUGGUGCGGGUUCUGCUCCGUCCUCAACCACGUCCUCAUCCAGCUGGCCCGACUGCUGCAAGGAAACGGCACUGUCACUGUUGCAAGGGUCAAUGUUGCUCGUAAUGAUCUUCCCUGGGAGUUCAUGGUGGAUCAUGUCCCUUCAAUCCUGCUGUUCCCUAAAUACAGGAAACAUCUUAGUGUGAAGUAUCCAGAGGACCUUCCCAUCACGCUGCCAAACCUUCUCCGCUUCAUCCUGCAGCACUCUGACUCGCUGCAUCAUCCCAACAGAUCCUCCUCAGGAACGCAGGGAUCUAGACCCGGCUCCAUCCUCCAGUCAGAAUUCCUGGCUCUCCAGCGUGAAGUCCAAGCACUGCAUCACGCCCGCAAACGUCUCUCACAGCAGCUGGCAGAGCUGUGGCGUAAGAACAGACAGCUGAAGUUUGACAUGCGCAGCGUUGAGCAAAAUCUGGAGAAGGAGAUGCAGGAGAAAAGCCGGCAGCUCGCCGAGGCGCACAGGAGGCUACAGGAACUGGCAGACACUUCUGAGACGCUGCUGAAUGAGAACGUGCUGCUCAAAGUCCUGCUGAGGGCCCUUAAGGAUAGGACAGAGCCUAGAGGAGAGGCAGAGGCGGAGAAAGAAGAGACAGUACAGGAAAAAAAACAGGUUUCCUGAGUUCAACUCUGCAGGGAUGACGGACGGGAAGAGGAACCUAGAAAAUGAAGGACUGGGGAUGGAGAGGGGAAAAAGCAAGCUGUGAUUAGACUUAAGAUGCAGAGAAUGAUUUCACCUGGAAAGAGGACGUCACAUUUGCUGUUAACUCUGAGACUAAUUGGACUUUUAAAAAGGAGACAAAGAUGGAAGGAGUUUCACUAAGUGCUUUGAAUCCAGCCACUCGUUGAAACACACUAGUUCAGGAAUUCAGUACAAGAUUUGCUUCUGAAUAUUCUUUCUCAGCCAAAUGCAUCACUUUUGAUUCCUGUGAACUUUAAGGAUAGUCCCAUAGUUCAACACUAAUAAAGAGGGAAUAAAAAAAACGAUUGAAGCCAACAAGUUUGGCUCAGGUGGAAAAUAAUUCACCUCAGGCUGGCUGCUUCCUGUCAUCUUUCACAAUAAAAGCCAUGCAAUUAAACAAAUACCGUUAUUUUAUUAAAGAAGCUACCAUAUCUCUUUAUGUGAACUGAGAAAUGGAGGAUAUUGCUUAAGUCUUUGAGAUAAAUCUACUGAAUGAAGGAUCUAAUUUACACCGCGAUCCCAAGUGUCAGAUAUAAGAUGUUUUCUUGUUUUGGUUGUGCAUUUUUCAGUUUUUUUUUUGUUUUUGUUUUUUUGAGGAAAUAUUUUCCUAAAAUCCUGAUAAACGCGUAAAAAAAAUAUUUUUCACAAGUUGUUUUCCAAAUUUUUUAGUAUGUGUGUCGAUCAAAGCAGUCGCAAUAAUCAAGGCAGAUAAGAUGCUUCCAUGUUUUUAUCCAAUCAGUUGGACGUUUUCCUAAUGACCUGAAUGAACCUGCAGAUUUUUGUAUUUUUUUUAACUCGGAUCUCUGCAAAACUUUGUGUAACAAGAACCAUUAUGUGACAUUUUUUCUUCCUUUUUAAGAAUGCUUUUAAGCAAAGUGCUCCCUCAGUGAGCUUAACAGCAUUUAUGUCUGUUUUUUUUUUUAUUACUCAGCUUGAAGGGGAUAUAAUGAGGGGGUUUGUUUAAAAACUGAUUUAUUUUUACAAAAACAUUUUAAGUCACUGAGAUAUUUCUAUUUAACAUUCAGGGUUUCAGAAUGCUGCAGUUGUUUACAUGUGAAAUAUUGCACCAAUUUUUACUGAUUAAACAUCUUUCUGUCUUUUUGAUGGUCUUGUUUUAAUUU